GAGGGAGUUUCUUGGUUGCUGCCAUUUUCAAAGCCAGUUAUAAGUCAAAAAAAUCGUGUACCAAAAAAAAAAUUUUUUUAAUGAUUAAAAACUUUAUAAUACAUAAUAACAAUAAGGAUUUAGGACUUACACAACAAUUGAAAGAACUUUUAGCCUUGCCGUGUAAGUAGAGGCUGUGAAUAGGGAUAAAAUCUACCCCUCUGUCAUCCACGCGUGCAUCAUUGCUGUCAUUAUUCUUGACAAAACGUUGCCGGAAAACCCGAAAACCAAAUUGUGUCGUGCAGUUAUUGAAUGACAAUAUUAGUUUAUAAAUAUUUUUGAGUUAAAAGUUUUUGAAACUAAAUUUCACUGGCUCGGUUUUUUAGUGUGGUUGCUUUGGUAUUGAGUUUUAAUUCCCGGCGGCUUGGUGCAGUUCAGCGCAGCACCAGUACCACCAACCUAAGAUAUUUCAGCACACGCAAGACGAAAUCUAAACUCUUGAAUUUAAGAAAAGCAAAACAACAAAUACCCUCUGAGGAGUCUCAUCAAUUGUGGUGUCUUGAAUAUAUUUGGUCCGACCGACAAGGAUCGCGAGACCGGCUUUUGCCAGGGGCCUCAUCAGCUUGCAAUGCCACCAAAAAAUUACAUGCUUCCACCUACUCACUAAUUAGUGAGCAGUGCAAUGCCAGAAGAAUCCCCUUCGAAUGAAACUUUGGGUCUUGUUAUUCAACGUAUUCUUAUAGCGCAGUCUUUUUACGAGCGCUCGCCUGAAUUUUGGGAGCAUACGCCAAAUUCAUCAGCAACAGAAGAAGUAAUUGUCAAGAGACAUCCUUACUGUUAUAAUAAAAUGACAUUACCGAGUGCCGCUCGCGUUUACACGGAUGUGAAUGCGCACAAACCGGAUGAAUAUUGGGAUUAUGAAAAUUACGUUGUCGAUUGGGCUAAUCAAGAUGAUUACCAGCUAGUCCGAAAAUUGGGACGAGGCAAAUAUUCUGAAGUCUUCGAAGCUAUAAAUAUUACCAAUAACGAGAAAUGUGUCGUCAAAAUCUUAAAGCCAGUUAAAAAGAAGAAGAUUAAGCGCGAAAUUAAAAUUUUAGAAAACUUACGCGGCGGAACCAAUAUAAUUACUUUGUUGGCCGUGGUGAAGGACCCAGUAUCACGCACUCCUGCCCUUAUUUUCGAACAUGUUAACAACACAGAUUUUAAACAGUUGUACCAAACGCUUACAGAUUAUGAAAUACGUUAUUACCUGUUUGAAUUAUUAAAGGCUCUCGAUUAUUGCCACAGUAUGGGAAUAAUGCACCGUGACGUCAAACCCCACAAUGUAAUGAUAGAUCACGAAAAUCGUAAGUUGCGUCUCAUUGAUUGGGGUUUGGCCGAAUUCUAUCAUCCAGGUCAAGAAUAUAAUGUACGAGUAGCAUCACGCUACUUCAAGGGCCCCGAACUAUUGGUCGAUUAUCAAAUGUAUGAUUACUCACUUGAUAUGUGGUCACUGGGAUGCAUGUUAGCUUCAAUGAUUUUUCGCAAAGAGCCAUUUUUCCAUGGACACGACAAUUAUGAUCAACUCGUGCGUAUAGCUAAAGUGCUGGGCACCGAAGAGCUCUAUGCAUAUCUCGAUAAGUAUAAUAUCGAAUUGGAUCCAAGAUUCCAUGAUAUAUUGCAGCGACACUCACGCAAACGAUGGGAACGUUUUGUUCAUUCCGACAAUCAACAUCUUGUGUCGCCAGAAGCGCUCGAUUUUCUUGACAAGCUUUUGCGUUAUGAUCAUGUGGAGCGACUAACUGCCCGAGAGGCAAUGGCGCAUCCAUACUUCGCGCCUAUUGUUAAUGGCCAAAUCAAGUCGAAUAACCAGCAGUAGGGAUAGAAUCCAUAUUCAGCAACUAUUUAGGGGAUGUGGUGGUCAAUAACACGAUAUAGAAUAUCAAGAAGCAGCGUAGAACUAAAAUCGCCAUAAUUUGAUCGUACGAUACAAAUUUUUUGCUAAUAAAACAACAGUUGUAUCAUUUGAUGGCAAAUUUGAAAUUUCAUAUUUUGGACUGUUACUAUCAUAAAAUAUUCAUUAAAACGAACAUAUUAUAAUACAAUAAUAAUAACAAACGAUUAUUAUCAUGAUAUUUAAUAAAAAAAAACUGUGUAAGAAAAAUAUAAAAAACGGGGAAAAUAAAAAUCACAUACUAAAAAAUACUA